GCUCUCGUCAAUGGCGACCAAACCAGAGCAGGAGAAGCAAGAGCAUCAUCAUUCAUGGGAGCAAAAGCUCCAAGCCCUCACCCACAUCCUCACCCAUCCAACCUCUACACCAUCCCUCCAUUCCCAGCUCUUCAUUGCCUCUCGCGUCCCCUGCUUUCUCUUCUGGGAUUAUCCUCCAUUUCUUUGUUCUCCUAACCCUCCAAUGCUCCACUGGGUUCUCUCCCUCUUCUUCUCCCGUGUAUCCACCUUCGGCCUCCCCGCUUUCUCCUGGCGUAGCUCUUGUCCCUUCCUUCAGCCUCCCCCUCCGUUUCUCUCCCCUGCUGUUGUCACCGCGCCGGUGCGGUGGGGAUCCGAGGAGCGCCGGGAUUGGGCUAGGCGAAGGCUCCGGAGAGGCCAGCUAGGGUUGCGUCUCCAUCCCUUUGUUGUUAUCUCGGUCCCUAAUCUUGUUCUUCUGGCGCUGCUCCUCUACGACCCGCUUUGGCUUCGAAGCAGUGCGAGGAAUCCUUGAUGAUCAAGUUGGUCUUCCUGCUUAUGAGAUUCAGUCUAUUUGAGACUCCCAAUCUGUUGAUGGGGGUGUUCAGUGAGGCAAGAUGAUCCAUACAAACACCAAAAGGAAAGAAAGACAGGGCAAUGACUUCAAUGAUUCAUUUGGCCACUCAAUUCUACAAAAGAUGAAACAAAUGAGUUGUAUUCUCUCUUCCUCCUCUCAAAGGUUAUAAAUUCAUUUCUUUUUCGGUCCCAUCUCUCUCUCUCUCUCUCUCUCUCUCUUUUUAUCUUUGUUGAGUCAUUGCCGAAAAAAGUGAGAACUAAAUUAAUCAAGUUCUAAGUAGGAUUCGACGAUGAUUUUUUCAUACUUCAUUGAUGUUCAAAUAUGUUUAUGCAUUAUAUAUAUUGGCGCUCUUUAACC